AUGGAAGUUCUGGAGGAGCAUGAUGGAAUUUGCAACGCCUCCUUCAAUCAGUCAGAUGUUCCACGGAAGGACUGUUGGGGAGUGUCCUACUCGUCCACCAGCUUCUGUGUCUUGAGGGGCUCAACGGUGGACAUUCCCUGCACAUACGGAUUCCCCACAGACCAGACAGUCAACACAACACUCUGGUACAGAGAGGUGGAGAAAGGUCAGGAUCUUAUAGACCUGCGUCUGGAGGAAGACUAUGAGGGCAGAGUGGUACAUCUCAGCACUGAGGAGCAUAACUGCACUCUGAGAAUCAGAGACGUGAGAGAAACUGAUUCAGGACUAUAUCGAUUCAGAUACCUGACAAACAAACAAGGAUGGCAUUUCUCUGGUGGGUUGGUGACAAUAUCAGUCACAGGUACAUGGCAAGGCUCUGCCAUCUAUGCAGCUAUUGGGAUCUUCAUUGCAGUAGCCAUCCUACUGCUCCUGGGCGUUCUUUGGCUGAGGAAGCACAAAUCUAGCGCUCCCUCCACAACAGGAAGAACCACGAUUUCUCAACAGGCAGACUCAAGCCCGGUGUACGGCAACGUUUUGACCUCCAACCCUUCAAGCAGACGGAAGGCAGAAGCAGAUAAUAGCGUCAAGUAUGCUAGUGUUAGGUUCAAGGCCUCGGACAAAUCAGAAACAGGCCCCUUCAACAGUAUUGAGCAUCCUCACACUCAAACAGCACAGCAAAACGUUCCCAGUAAACCAUUACCAGCCAUCAACCAUCUCUGUGCCUGUCCCUCAUCACACCUGAAGUCACAUCCCUCUGACUGCCCUACCAUCGCCAUUGCCUUCGCCAUCCCUAUGACUGCCCUAACAUCGCCUGCUGUGGUUCCCUGCCCGAAUCUUUGGCCCUCGGAUCCCAGCGACCCAUCACCUUCAGAAAUAACUAAUGGAUUACUAAUGGACAAUUUAUUCCCUACACUGGACUAUUUGAACUUUCAUUGUCAUUGUAACUUUCAAACUACAAAUGACUGUACUGUAACUGACCCAAGGCAGAUGGGUUGGGCCCUUGAGUCGUGGGUCUGUCUGAGGUUUCUUCCUAUAUGUAUCUCCAAUUCUAGGGAGUUUUUCCUUGCCCCUGUUACUCAUGGGCUCUCUUUGAAUGUCUAACACUCUGUAAAGCGCCUUGAGACAUGUGUAAUGUAUUGGCGCUCUAUAAGCGACAUUAAAUUGAAAAUUGAAAUUGAAAUUCUGCUGCUUUGUCUGUGGGGUACUGUGUGUCAUGUACAGUAUAUUCAUGCUUUGUGUGCAGUGUGAGUUCAGUUGCUUUGAGAAUGAUGUGCACUUCACAAACUGUCUGUGUGAGGAUAAAGUGAUGAGAUGUCUAUGUUUGUCUAUGCAGCUGAAGAGGACCCUGUGAUCUACAGUGCAGUCAACAACGCCCCCAGGGCACACACAUAGGAUAACUAUCACUUCACUUCCCAUCAGUGUUUACCAUAUGCAUAUGCAUGUCCUGUGUCCCAGGGGUCAAGAACCUACUUAUACAAUUGAUAUAAAGUUUUUGGUCCAUGCUCAUCUAGCCUAUGUAUAUAUUUAUGUAUUUAAAAAAAAAAAAAACAUAAUUCUAUUUCUGGUUAACUACUGCUUUACUUGAAAAUAUGUUUCGUGCUUCAGAUGUUAUAUAUACUGUAUAUAAAAAACCUUAUGUUAUUUACUUUUUCAUAGGUCAAAUUACUUUUUAUAAAUACGUUUACUUGUCACAUGAGCGCCAUUUUUGAACACCCCCCCUCCCCCCACACACUGGGCUCAUGAACCUGUUUCUACCAUUGAUAUGAAGUUGCCUAUACCGGUAUAUCAGAAAAUGCCAGUGUAGUUCCCUACUGCUUUACUUGAAAUUAUAUUCUUUCUUGCUGCAUUGUAUCUACCAAGUUAUGGACUUUAGAUGUUCUACAUAGCCUUACGUUAUUAUUUUCUACUUCAUAUUCUGCUUCACAUAAAAUAAACAGUUUAUGUAUUAAUAGCAGAUCAUUUAGUAUUGAAUCUAAGGCUUCAAUAAUUUUAACUUUUCUUUGAACAUUGU